GUUGCGGCCAACUUGUGUGCCUUCUUUCCACCCCGGUGGGAGCCGGCGCCGCGCGAAGGGCUCUCCCGGCGACUCAUGCUGCCGGCCCUGCGCCUGCCCAGCCUCGGGUGAGCCGCCGCCGGAGAGACGGGGGAGCGCCGCGGCGCCGCUGGCUCGGCGUGCUCUCCUCCGGGGACGCGGGACGAAGCAGCAGCCCCGGGCGCGCGCCGGAGGCAUGGAGCGCUGCCCCAGCCUGGGGGUCACCCUCUACGCCCUGGUGGUGGUCCUGGGGCUGCGGGCGGCACCGGCCGGCGGCCAGCACUAUCUCCACAUCCGCCCGGCUCCCAGCGACAACCUGCCCCUGGUGGACCUCAUCGAACACCCGGACCCUAUCUUUGACCCCAAAGAGAAGGAUCUGAACGAGACGCUGUUGCGCUCGCUGCUCGGGGGCCACUACGACCCGGGCUUCAUGGCCACCUCGCCCCCCGAGGACCGGCCCGGCGGGGGCGGGGGGGCGGCCGGGGGCGCCGAGGACCUGGCCGAGCUGGACCAGCUGCUGCGGCAGCGGCCGUCGGGGGCCAUGCCGAGCGAGAUCAAAGGGCUGGAGUUCUCCGAGGGCUUGGCCUCGGGCAAGAAGCAGCGCCUGAGCAAGAAGCUGCGGAGGAAGUUACAGAUGUGGCUGUGGUCGCAGACCUUCUGCCCGGUGCUGUACGUGUGGAACGACCUGGGCAGCCGCUUUUGGCCGCGCUACGUGAAGGUGGGCAGCUGCUUCAGUAAGCGCUCGUGCUCCGUGCCCGAGGGCAUGGUGUGCAAGCCUUCCAAGUCUGUGCACCUCACGGUGCUGCGGUGGCGCUGUCAGCGGCGCGGGGGCCAGCGCUGCGGCUGGAUUCCCAUCCAGUACCCCAUCAUUUCCGAGUGCAAGUGCUCGUGUUAGGACUCGGGGUCCCCUUCCCGCACCUGGACAACUGAUGAAACCCCACCGACGUCCUCCUCCCUCCCCGCCCCCCGCACCGUCUCCAACCAGUCCACCACCCUCUCGAGAGGGGCUUCAAUGAACUUUUUUUUUUUUUUUCUGGCUACAGAGACCUAGCUUUCUGGUUCAUGUAAUGCACUGUUUAACUGUGUAGGAAUGUAUAUGUGUGUGUAUAUACGGUCCCAGUUUUAAUUUACUUAUUAAAAGGUCAGUAUUAUACGUUAAAAGUUACCGGCUUCUACUGUAUUUUUAAAAAAAAAUAAGCAAAAGGAAAAAAAAGAACAGAGAAAAGAGAGACUUAUUCUGGUUGUUGCUAAUAAUGUUAACCUGCUAUUUAUAUUCCAGUGGCCUUCGCAUGGCGAAGCAGGGGGGAAAAGUUAUUUUUUCUUAAAGUACAAAGAGAGGGGAGAACUUUUGUAGAAGGACUUUUAAAAAGCUAUUUUCCAUUCUUCGGAAAGUGUUUUGGUUUUCCUUGGACCUCGAAGACGCUAUAGAGUUCAAUGUUAUUUUACAGUUAUUGUAAAUAUAGAGAACAAAUGGAAUGACUAAUCAUUGUAAAUUAAGAGUAUCUGCUAUUUAUUCUUUAUAAUAUCCCGUGUAGUAAAUGAGAAAGAAGUGCAGAGCAGGAUUAAAGAAAACCACUAAAACCGA